CUCGGACUCGCUAGAGAGUCACCGCUUCCGGUCCCGCCCCGGCGGGUCCUCCGGCGGCGCCAAGAUGGCGCAGGCCCUGUCAGCCGAGGAGUUCCAGCGGAUGCAGGCACAGCUCCUGGAGCUGCGCACGGAGAACUACCGCCUCUCGGACGAGCUGCGGAAGAAUGGCGCCGAGCUGUCGGGGCUGCGGCAGCGGGUGCAGGCGCUGGACAAGGACCUGGCCAAAGCUAACAAGGCUCUCAGUAAGAGCAAGAAGGCGCAGGAGGUGGAGGCGCUGCUGGGGGAGACACGGAUGCUGCAGGGGAAGCUUCAGAGCCAGGAAGAUGACUUCCGUCUACAAAACAGCACCCUUUUGCGUGAGCUGGCCAAGUUGUGUGCGCAGAUUGAAGGACUGGAGGAGGAGAACCGGCAGCUACGGGAUGGGGGGCCCCCAGGACCACCCCAUGACCCGCCGGCGUCUGCAGAGCCCCCCCAGGAUGUGGUCGCCGGAGACAGUGGGGCCUCCCCAGCCCCUACAGAUGGCCACCCAGAGCCCCCUAAGGACCUGCAGCUGGCAGAGGAAGGGUUAGGGGGCGAGGGUGACGCUCCCCCCAGGGAACCCCCAGCACUCGCUGCCCAGGGUCUUUUGCAGGCAGAGGUGACCCGGUUGCAGGCAGAAGUGGCUGAGCUGACAGAAAAAUUGAAAAACAAGCAGGAGAGUUUCCUCCAGCUGCAGGCGGAGAAGGAGGCAUUGCUCAGGGACAGUCGGAGGGAGGUGGAGGAGCUCCGGGCCCAGCGGGAUGAGGAAUUUCAGGAGCUCCAGACUCAGAACCAGCGGCUGCAGCAGGAGCUGGAGGCCGCAGCCCAGGCGAAGGUGGGGCUGCAGGAGCGGAGCGGGGCCCUGGCCCGGGAGCUGCAGGAGGCCCAGGCGCAGCGCGAUGCCCUCGAUGCCCAGCUCCAGGCGUGCGCGGGGGAGCGCGACGGGCUGCGGCGGCGGCUGGCAGAGGUGGAGGACGCCCACAGCGAGAGUGAGCGGGGCCGGCGGCAGGCACAGGAGCAGCUGGAGCGACAGGCGCAGGAGCACGCAGCGGCCACCCGCGCCAGUGCAGAGCAGCACCGGGCCGAGCUGGAGGGCCGUGUGGGGGAGCUGCAGGCGGCGCUGGGGGAGGCUGAGCGGCAGCGGGAGCUUCAGGAGGCCGAGGGCCGGGCACUGCGCCAGGAGCUGAAGGAUGUCCGCGAUGGACAGCGUAUCCUGGAGAAGAAGGGCAGCGCUGCGCUGAAGGACCUGAAGCGGCAGCUGCAGCUGGAGCGGCGCCGGGCCGACCGCCUGCAGGAGCGGCUGCAGGAGCUGCUGGCGCCCAACCGUGCCCGCAGCGGGCUGGAGGAGCUGGGGCUGGAGGGCGGGUCCCCUGGGCGGGGCCCGGGCGGGGACAGCAGCAGCCUCUCCUCCCUGGGCCGGGAUGGCUCUGCCCCUGGCAGCACCAAGUCGGGCUCAGGCAGCCCCGGGGGGGGCAGCGGCGGCGGGGGGGUCCCUGGUGGGGGCGGCCUGUCCCCCGCAGAGGUGGCGGAGCUGUUCCAGCGCCUGGCCCAGAGCCAGCAGGAGCGCUGGCUGCUGGAGGAGAAGGUGCGUCACCUGGAGGUGAGCAGCGCGUCAAUGGCUGAGGACCUGUGCCGCAAGAGUGCCAUCAUCCAGAGCUUCGUGCGGGACAGCCGUCUGGAGGCGGCAGGACCCCCCGGGCCCCCCCGGCGGGGCACGGGGCCGGGCGAGGAGGGGCUGCGGGAGAUGAACAAGAAGCUGCAGAACAUGCUGGAGGAGCAGCUCACCAAGAACCUGCACCUGGGCCAGGACCUGGAGGCAUUGUCACAGGAGCUGGCCCGGCUCAGCAAGGAGCGAGCUGCGCCCCCCGGGCCGCCGUGAGAGGCGGGGCCUCUGCAUCUGGGCGGGGCGAUGUCCCGCCCCCUCGCCGCCCCCUGCGCUAGGCUCCGCCUCCCCCCGCGGGGGGGCGUGUUCUGUUCUAGGGUGGUGUGGCCCUUUUAAGGGGCACGUCGCCCCUUUAAAGAGCGCGUUUCCCCUUUAAGGCGGGCGUGGCCCCUUUAGGGGGGUCCCGCAUGCGCCCCCGCCUCCCUUAAUAAAGUUGACGUGAACCGUU